AUGUGUUUUAGACAGGGGUGGGAUCCGAGAUAUUCGAUGGGGGUCAUCCAGGGCGGCGUCCAGCUGAAAAAGCAUCGAAAGAUGCUUCAAAAAGCUCUCACUCCUAACAACUGCAUCCCUUAUCGAGAAAUACAGCAAGAGGAAGUACGUAAGCUUAUAAAAAGAAUCAUCAGCACACCAGAGAACUGGAGAGAGCAUAUGCAGACACUUGCGACGACACUCGUCCUGCGAAUUGGUUACGGAAUCGAUGUUCAAGAUAAAGAUGACCCUUACGUCGAGAUAGCGGACAAAACAUCCGACGCGCUUAGCAAAGGAGGAGCUCCAGGGUCGACGGCAUUAGAUGUUUUCCCAUUCAUUAGGCACUUGCCUUCCUGGUUUAAACUUAUACCGUCAUUGAAAUUCGCACGAGAAUGCAAUUCCUGGGUGACUAAAUUGCAUGAAGUGCCGUUUCAGUUUGUUCAACAGGAAAUGGAAGCUGGAACGGCGAAACCGUCGUUCACUAAGAAGCUGCUUGAAGAACGACGCGAAAUCGAGCCAAGAUCGGAACUGAUUACGGACUCGGAACUGAUUAUAGAUGCCGAUAUAAAAGGAGCAGCAGGAUCAAUAUAUGUGGCGGGGCAAGACACUACCUGGUCAACUCUCACAGUGUUUGUAUUGAACAUGAUUCUCAAUCCACAGAUACAGGAAAAGGGCCAAGAAGAACUAUUAUCAGUACUUGGGCACGACUCUUUACCCACUUUUGCUGAUAGGGACAAACUUCCUUUUGUAGAUUAUAUUGUCCAAGAGACUUUCAGAUGGGGGCCAGUUGUGCCACUUGGGAUCCCGCACAAGUUGGCGGUCGAUGAUACAUAUAAGGGAUACUCCAUACCAGCUGGCUCCUUAGUCAUCGCUAACGCUUACGCUAUGAACCGGGACGAGAGAUUCUACAGUGACCCAACGGCCUUCAAACCGGACCGCUAUAUCGCUAAAGAGAAAGGAGGACUCGGCGAGCCGUAUCCCAUUGGCCACUUCGGAUUUGGGCGCAGAGUUUGCCCUGGAAUACACCUAGGCUUGGCAAGUGUUUGGAUAGGCAUUGCAACUAUGCUUGCUACCCUUAAGUUCUCCAAAGCGAAAGAUCCUGAAGGGAACGAGAUAACGCCAGAUCCGAAAUGGAGUACUGGUCUUACGAGGUGA